AAUGUAUACAAUUUAUAUAUUCAUUAAAUAAAACUUAUAAAAUGUUUUAUAGUAGGUUUAUUACAGGGUUUGGAAACUUGUUCCCCCAAAAGAAUACAGUGGAGGCUAAUCACCAUUACAACAACUUAAAAAGCUGAAGAAAGUGAAAACUUGAUUUUUGUUACUAACUUCUCCAGGUUCUAAAAUUUUUCAGUUGUUUUUGUUCUUGUAAUAUUAGGUUUUGAUGUAUUUUUAAAUACUCUUUUUCAUAAUUGCUUAUCUGAAAAAGGAUAUACUUGCAGAAGUCGUACAGAAUGUGCAAUAAGGAAAUGAGAAAAUGUCUUUUUGUUGACAUAUAAGGAAUUAUUUUAAAAUUUCAUACUUGGAUCUUAAGUAAAAGACAUAGUGUUUCAAACAUUUUACAGGAGAUAUUUUAAUGAAAUUACAUAUCUACCGCUAAGACCUUAUAACAAUUGGAAGUUUGAGUACAGCCUAGUUUGGUGCUUCUCAUUCGUAGUUUAGACAGGCUGCACUUACACCUUAUGGGUACCAUUAUGGGCCCCAAACCUUAUAGGUAAUCAGAUAUGGGUUUUAUGGGUAACUUUUCAUUCUCAGUCUGUUAGGACCUGGUAAUUUUGGUUAUAAAGCCCUGUCAAGUCUAUGUAAUUAAAAUGAUGUAAAAAAAUCCAAGGUGUAGUGAAAACCAAAAGACAUAGCAGGACUCCAGCACCAAGAGAAUAUAUUGGUGAUCUAGAUGCUGGCUUAAAGCCUAUACACCACAUCAGUUCCUGUGGGUACAAUGUAAGGGUUUUUUCGGCUGUUCAUCUGUUCAAUCUGACCAUGCUCUGGUUAUUCCAACUGGCCUCUCGAUUAUUUAACUGAACCUUCAUUAACAUUAAUGGACUGUUUUUAUUUUGUGAACCAAAACAAUGGAUUUCCUGGGGCAGGACUCAUAAAUGCAUUAAGAGUGAGAGUUUCCUAGUAGUCAGUUUUUUUGCUGAUAUUGUAUUUGUUGUCCUAAUUGUUCAGGCAUGUUAAUGGACGUUGUAGUAUUUCUAUAAAAAAGUGCUUAGAAUGUGAUGUAACAGUUAUGUGGGCAAUAUACAAAAGACUGUCAAGGUAACGUUCAAGUGCAACAAAGGUGAAAGACCACAAUAUCUCACAAGUUGAAAAUCAUAGUUAAUUUUUAAACGCUGCUACAGCUCAAUAGAUGGACAUAAAGCGCCACCGUAGAAAAUCGAAAAACGUCAAUUCCCAUAAUCCCAAUAACUCUGCUAGAGUUACUUCCUCGUUCGUGAGUGGUGUGAUUGUUUCCAUGGGGAAAUAAAUGCUGAUUUAAGGUAAUUCGAAUGCAGAAUUCUCAUGCAAAUAUUACGUUUAUAUAAAGGCUUCAUUAAUAAAAAAUCCAAGAUAUUUUAGAAACUAUUGCUUUGAACGUUAUUUGUGAGAAAUUAUGAUCGCAUUGAACAUGGUUAUUGAUACAGAUUGUUUGCAAACUGCUCAGUUAAAUUCGGGUGUUGUAUCUUAAAAAUUAAUUUCACCUUCGUUUAUGAAUUGCGAAAAUAAACCAGAUUAAUAUAUCAACCGAAUAAUGCGUAGUUUAAUAUUUCUUGUACUUAUAUUAAAAUUUAGACCGUUAAGUUCACAAUCACAUUGUGAUCUUUAUCUCGACACAGCAAAUUAACUUUUGUUUGUUGAGAAUUUGUGUACAGUAGUUAAUAAACACAGAGCCCAAGAUAACAGGCAGAACGCUGAACCUAAAAUUAGGUAACGUCAUCAUUUUUCCUAGGUUACUAUAGGAUGGCAACCAUUUUUAAUCGUGCAGAUAUUAUUUGUAUAGUAUACACAAUUUACGUAGUUGAAAACGACUUGUGGUUUAAGAAUUUUUAAAAUGGGUGAACAGAUAACUACAGUGUGAAUCUGAGUGGCUGAACAGAACAGCUGGAUCGAAGUUGUGUAUUCUAUUAACAAAUUACAGGAUUUACUUUUGAAACUGUAAGAAAAUUAUCACAAUAGCUAAUAAAUGCAUGCUUGAUUAGCGAGCACCGAGAGAUCGGUGUAUGUGGCGCUGCUGCUGGCAUGCUGAAGCCCUUGAUGAAAGCGUCUUGUUGAAGAAGCUGGCAAAGAGCAACAGCUCUCCAGAGGUUUAUUGAAUGCACGGCUGGUCAAGCGCCUGCAUGGAACUGACUAGAGGCUUAUUAAGCCAGCAGUAAAAUUCCGCAGAAUGACGCACUGCAGACAAAAAAUAAUGGCGUUUGAAAAGGUCCUACGACAAAAGUGACACGUCUUGAAGAAAACAUGAAAGACCUUGCAGGAGAGAGGAAGGAUCACCAGCUUACGGUGGCUCUCCGUAUUCGUCCAAUCAGUGAUGCUGAGAUAGAAGAGGGGGCUACAGUGGUAGCUCAGAAGUUGAAUGAUCAGAUGCUGAUUCUUUUGGAUCCGUGUGAGGAUCCUGAUAACAUUCUGCGGGCCAACCGAUCGAGAGAAAAAACCUUUGUAUUUGAUUUUGCAUUUGAUCACACAGCAUCUCAGGAGGAUGUUUAUAUUGCUACCACAAAGAAUCUGAUUGAAGGGGUUGUUUCAGGUUACAACGCCACAGUGUUUGCAUAUGGACCUACAGGAGCAGGGAAGACGUUCACAAUGUUGGGACUUGACUCUGACCCAGGCAUCUAUAUCCGAACCUUGAAUGACCUUUUCAAAGCUAUUGAAGCGGGCAGUGAUGAUAUGGAUUACAGUGUAUAUAUGUCAUAUCUAGAGAUAUACAAUGAAAUGAUACGUGACCUUUUGAACCCUGCAACUGGGUAUUUGGAUCUGCGAGAAGAUGCUAAAGGUGAAAUUCAGAUUACAGGCAUCACCGAGUUCUCCACUAGCAAUGCUAAAGAGAUUAUGCAGCUGCUAACUAAAGGAAAUAAACAGCGGACUCAGGAGCCGACCGCUGCCAACAAGACAUCAUCUCGCUCUCACGCCAUACUGCAGGUCAGAGUGAAACAGAGGAACCGGGUAAAGGACAUUAAUGAAGAGGUUCGGGUGGGGAAGCUUUUCAUGAUUGACCUGGCAGGGACUGAGAGAGCGUCGCAGACCCAGAAUCGAGGGAAAAGAAUGAAGGAAGGAGCACACAUUAAUCGCUCUUUGCUUGCCUUGGGCAAUUGUAUUAAUGCCCUGAGUGAGAGAGGAGGAAGCAGAGCCCAGUUUAUCAAUUAUCGUGACAGCAAACUCACACGUCUGCUGAAGGAUUCACUUGGUGGGAACAGCCGGACGGUCAUGAUUGCUCAUAUAAGCCCUGCCAGCACUAACUUUGAAGAGUCUAGAACAACACUGAUCUAUGCAGACCGGGCCAAAAACAUCAAAACUAGGGUUAAACGUAAUCUGCUGAAUGUGUCUUACCACAUUGCACAGUACACCAACAUCAUUGCAGACCUUCGGAAAGAAAUUGAGAGGUUGAAAGCCAAAGUAGUUGAGCAGGGGGCAGAACAGCAGAAGAAAGGAGAGAAGGCCAACAUCCGUGAUGUACAAGCAGAGGUACAGCAGCACUUAUCUCAGUACAGCCGCAGGGAGAUGGGUCGACUGGAGGAACAACUAAUGAGUGCGUUCAGAGAACAGAUGGAGAUCCGUCGCAGCCUCAUGGAGCUUGAGAAUUCAAACAUGGAACUGCACAUAGACACCUCAAGGCAUCUACUAACCAUUGCAGACUGGGAAAGGGAGAAAGCUAAGCAUGCCAGAAAAUGGAGAGAGGAUAGGUGCAAUGACAAGGUGCACAAAGGAGAGGAGAGAGAGGGAGAGAGUAGGAAUGAGGAGAUGGACACAUUGGAGCCUCAGGAGGUAACAGCUGCAAGAGAGGAGAUUGGGAUGCUGCUGGAGGAGCAAAGAAAAACUAUGGCUCUAAAGUCAGAUUUGGAAGAGAAGUUGGCAACUGGGAAGAUUAAAUCUUCCAAAAUGGAGGAGCUACUUCCAAAGCAGAUUAACAACGAAGAUCAAUGCGAAAUUCUCACCCUGCUUUGUAAAGUUCAUGAGCUAGAGGUGGAGAAUACAGAGAUACAAUCCACAGUGUUGUGCAAAGAGAACCUCCUGCGGCAAAAAGAUUUAGUCAUCCAACACUAUGACCAGCACAGGACUCUAUGCGAUGAGAUUAUACAGCAACAAAAGGCCCUCAUCGAAGACCAUCAGCUAUCUACACCUCAACAACUUGAAGAUCUCUACACACUGUAUUUCAGUGAGCUGGAGGACCGGAGUAUUGAUCAAUUUUUGAUGCUCUAUAAUAUCACCUCUAGUGCACUACAGGAUGGAUCCAUAUUAAAUGUAGCAAAACAGUUAAAGCUGGAGGAUUUGAUUCCUGAAUUAGAUAAAGAUGACCUCAGCCCAAGACCAGAUGUGCAAGAGGACAGGAAGUAUCAUUCACGUAAUAAGUACAUCCUUCCUUCAAUAGUCUCAGAAUAUGAGAGCAAUAAGGUGUUAAAAUCCACUAUAAAAUCACACCAGAUCAAAGGCCAACCUUCAUCAAAUCAGAGGCUUACCAAAAGUAAGGACAACGAUCAGUCAGCAUUUGAAGAGAUCAACCCUGAAACCAUGACAGAGAUUGUUUCAGGCACGAAGAGCAUUUCUGUCAUUGCAGCCAAGCGCCGAUCACGAAUCCAUGCUACUGACUCAGCAAAUGGAUUGUCUCAUGCAAAAGAGAAAAGCCUCAUAUCAGUGUAUUCUUUAGAGGAACUGGAUAAAGAUAUAUCGGAAAGAUCAUUGUCAGAGCCUCAUGAGACUCUAGCCGCUGCCAUAAAGCCAGCUGUCAGUAUUGAGAAUCUAACAAUGGGCAAGACAAAAGGUCUUGAUGGCCGAAAGAGUUUUCCAGGGACCCAGGGCAGCUCACACCUGAAGUCAAAAAAAGAAUCGGGGAAGACUGAAAAAAGGGAUGAUUCCAUUGAAAGACGAGCACUGAAGAAACGUUCCAUGUCAUUUGAAGUCAACACAAAACGGAAAUCAAAGACCAACACAUCCAGGAAUCCAGUUUUAGAAAGUAUUUCAGACAACAGGCUUGUUCGACUUUCCCAAAAUGCAACCCAUUUUUUGCAAUCAAAGAACAUUGGUCACCCUCCCAGCCUAACAGCAACUAAGAUCAAAUACCCUAUCUCUCAUUAUGCAGGUGAGAGCCAGCUACAGAAACUGGAGAUGCGAGGUACCCCACCCAGCACUAUCCACCAAAAGAAUGUAGAAGGAAGAAGAGGGCAAACUGUACACAAGAGAGUCAGAGGACCUGCAGAAAUGUUAAGCACAAAUCGGCCCCUGCAACCUGGGAAUUCCAAAAGGAUAGUCAAUGCCAACAUGAGACACAACGAAACAACUGAAAAAAAGCAACAGAAGUGAAAAUGGUAAUGAAAAGGGAUCACACUAAAUUUGAGGAACUGCUGUAGAUUCUUCAAAAGAGGGAAAAAUUCAUCUCUGAAGAUUGUCUUCAGAAAGAACACAAAGUGCAGUUGUUUCUGCACUAAUACUCCUGAAAUUAAUCAGAGAAAGGUUUCUUCUGUUUCCUUUUAACCUUUCACUAAAUUAAAUAUGUUUUGCACAUCCUAAAACAUCCUUCACCAAUUUAAAGAGCAUAAUCCUAAUUGAAUAAAUUCACCUGUUCAGAAUAAUUUCA